AUGUUAAGAAAAAGUGUGAUUAAUCAAAUAUUAUCAUUUAAUAUCCUUCUAUUUAAUGUAGGAUAUAUUUCGAAGGAGCAUGAAUGUGAUAUAAAUACUCAAGGUUCGCCCUUAUCAAGUAAUAAUCCUGGUGCAGAACUUGAAAUUGAUAUUGCAAGACUACCUACAAUAAAUGUGAAUUCAACAACUCAAAUUGUUUCGAUUGCUCAUCAUCAAAGUGUAAUUUAUUCACAUCAACCAAAUUCAUCUAUUUCAUCUGAAAAUUUUUUCAGAAAGCGUGAAAUUAAAGAAUUAGAAAUCAACACUCAAAUAAAUAGAAAACGCCCUAAAAUAGGUGAUAAUUUAAUUUCGAAACAAAAAUAUAGACUUAUAAUCAGUGUUCAUAUUACAUUUUAUUAA